AAAUUUUACUACUCGAUGACCCCAUUUUCUGACAAGGAAGUGCAUGGUAAACAAAUAGGAACCGAACACUCAUUCACGUAUUGGGAAAAAAUUACAUAUAAUGAGGUACAAUUGAUGCCAUUCAUUAUGAAUGGUAAAAACGUGUCAGAAGAAGAGAUCCAGUACGAAGUCAGCUUAAAUAUAUUAGAAGAACAGAGAUUUUACCUUUGUAAAUACCUGGAACCCCAGAAUCACUUUGCUUACCUGAGAUCAAAGCAUCUCCUAACGGCCGAGGAUGAAGAGGUGAUCAAAUUCCAAAUAUCGAGAAAACAGAGAGCCGAGAAAUUCUUGGACAUCUUGCUUCAGAAGGGACCAAUGUGUUACAUGGGACUAGUUGACGCAAUAUUAAAAAAUGGAACACAGACAUUUAUAGUGACGAAAUUAAACCAGGAAUAUGAACGAAAAAAGAUACAAUUACACAAUUUACUGACGGGUAGCAAACCUGUAGACCCAAAUGCAAAUAUAGAUGUGGAUCCAGAUUGUUUACCAGAGCCAAAAGUAGGGACAUUGCUUUACAAGAGAAACGAGAGAAUUCCCGUGGAAACCCCAGAAAGCAAACCAUCCUCCUUAGAAUCUGACAAAUUAAGCUAUAGGGAAGAUUCACAAGCAUAACAAAUAGUAUUUUUUAGACAUUCAAUAUUACAUUCGUUCAUUAUUUGUUUUGACUUUUUGCCCCUGGUAUUGGGGAAUUUUAGGUUUUUUAAAAACCCUGCAUUGUAAACUUGCCAUUCGGGAUUUUUCCUGGCCUGUCUCCAAUCAACAUAUUAGUGUGGUCAAUGAAAAAAUUCUUAUUUCGGGGUUAGUGGAUUUAAAUUUUCAGAUCCAAGAUCUUUUUUAAAUUGAAUAUGGUCGUUUUGCUAGUGUCUGAUGUCCUUUUAUUACCGCUUUUUGUUUGUGUAAAAAAUGGGGAAUUUUCCCUGGGCAGUGGAAAUACUUGCCGGAUGUUUUCCUUUAAUCUUUCUUAAUCUAUCAUGUGUCAGUGGUUAUCUGUGGACAUAUUUUCAACUUUUCUUGCUAACAUCAUACAUAGUCUUUAGGUUUGCUUUAGCAUGUUUAGUGUCAGUAAAGAAUGCAGAAGUUGGUAUCAAUGAAUUAUAGGUGUCCCGAGUUCAGCGCUUUUCUAAGCUGUAAAAGUGUAUCACCAAUUGCUUUAUACGCAGGUAUCUGGAAAUCAGACCACUUUAUCCCUACAUAAAACACCGGUUAACGUGUUAAAGUGAAAUAUCAUCAAAUUACAAUAUUUGACCUCUACCCGUUACAGUUGUAAUAUGACAAUUAUGUAAGUAUUUAUUACAUCCUCACAAAGCAAGGUUUUGUGAUUCUCGAAACUUCACACAA